AUGGUACAAAACUGCUUUUAUUUUUGCAGAACAGACACAUUUUACAGGAAUGCUAAGCUGAUCAAACCCAUAACAUCCAUUAAAAUUACUCGAUGGGAUGGUCUUAUCGGUCCUCAUUGGAAACUAGAUAAGGUAUUGAAAAAUUAUUAUUUCAAGUGUUUAUUUAGAAUAACCCGAUCAGCAAUGCACAAAACCUGUGCUCUAAUUUCCCACGAUGGCUCCUGCACUCACUCAUAAGUGUAUCAGCUCAAAAGGUAGCGAGUAGACAAGAUUCAGACUUUUCGUCAAUAAAUACUGGAUGGAGAUAGAGAAACUUUACUGGUUAUAGUGGCUUUGGUUGCUACCUCUCACGGCUUUACCUCUCAAUCAAGAGAACAUGUCGUCUUCCCUUAACUUUUGUUCUUGUAGUAACCUCGAUUUUAUCAUGUUUACAUCCGCGUUUAAAUCAUCGAGAUUGGUAAGAGAAGACUGCCCUGCACGGAUAAACAGACCUAUACGGUGGCUCCCUUUGAAAGGGAAAUACGACAAUUUUUUUUUCUAAUUUUAAAACUACAUCUUUCGCUUAACUGGCAUCAAAAUCGAGAAGAGAGGACGUGUGAUUGGGAAGGAUGUCGCAAUAAACGGACAGAAAAUGUUUUAUGAUCAUGUCUUUGCCGUCAUUUAUUCAAUUUUCCUAUGCAAUCGUAGGUAGUAAUAACUGUCGAUGGUUCCAGGCCUUACACAUUUAUCUUCAACAAGUGGAUACACGAACUUAAGUGGGAAACAGCUUAUGGUGAGAAUGACUUCAAAAUAAAAAAAAAUUAUUUCCUGCAUCUCUUUUAAAAUUGCGAAGACCAUUUAAAGAAAGCAAACAAAAAAUAAGGAAUCGAAUGAGCAAGAAAAAAAUUUAAGUUAUUUCCAGACAUGAGAUGAUUUUUGGUCAGCGGAGAAUGAUCCAUGCGUACACACGUAUCUCAACACGUUCCCCUCUCCAAUUUCAACACGUAAUAAGUUAUGAAAUAAGUCUUCGAUUCUUUUUCCGUUUCAGAAUUUCUAUGAUCAUUUUUGUCAGCCAUUUCUUUCUACCUUUUGUGUUAAUUUUCUAGUUUGAACUGUAUAUUAUGAAUACUCUAGUAGUUCAUUCUACCUCUGCGAUUUACCUACCACAAAUAUACUUAUGCCGUAUAAACUGCGUCAUUCUUCAUAAUGAACAGGUUUGUACAAACUGGAUGUAUUUCUCUAUUUUGUUUUCCUUAGAGGAAAAUGAGUGUCGAAGUAAUCGCUCUAAAUGCGAACAGCUCUGUGUUAACACCAUCAGUGGGUACUACUGUGAAUGCAAAAAAGGUUAUCAACUGAAUGGAAAGUACAGCUGUAAAGGUAGGCUGUUUGGCAACUAUUAUUACCAUCUGUCGGAACAGAACACAGCCAUCAUUCGUGUUAAAAGAGAUUUAGAUCCGAGGCGGCGAAGCCCACUUUCCGCUCUUUUAAAUGUGGGCGGGGGAAGGGAAGGGGGAUGAUUUAAUUUGGGAUUCUUUAAAGAUACCCUUUGUUCCAUUCAGUCCUAGUUUUUUAAUUCCGUCUUCAGCAAAAGAAAAAACCUAAGAUUUGCAAGGGUAGAAAUUAAGCUUUAUUCGUUAGAAAAUAACGUCAUUCGAAAUCACAAUAUUGUUCCUAGACGUAGAUGAAUGUUUAGCUGGAAGCCAUUCAUGUGAUAUGAAGAUCUCCAAAUGUAUCAACACUCCAGGAGGUUUCAUAUGCCAGUGUUAUUCUGGGUAUAAAAACAUCUCGGGAAAUAAUUGCCAAGGUCAGUAGAAAUACUUGUAAACUGAAAAAAAAAACAAUAAACAAGCUGACUCGUUCCCAGCCGCCACUGAAAUGUGUGCAACACUUAAGUGGGAGAGAAGGGAGUGACGGGAAGGAGGAACAACUUUCUGCUUACCCAUCACACUUUGCGCUUGCAUUCUGCCCACGUCUGUUGUGCGCUUACUUGGGACGAGCCAAAAACACGGGCGAAAUAAACAACGGUGAUAACAACGAAAAGGAAGAUCAAACAAAAACAAGAACAAGCAAGAAAACAGACAAAGAAUACAAUUGCAUGAAGACAAUGGGGUUGCACUUAACUUUGAGAUAUGAGAAAGGCUGAAACAACGAACUUUGUUAUCUUGUUUCAGAUGUUGAUGAAUGCUCCAAUAAUUUACACAAAUGUAAUCUAACAGCAUCAACCUGUGUAAAUAAACCAGGAAACUACAGCUGUCAGUGUAAAGAAGGCUACGGACAAACAGAUGGAAUCAAUUGUCUUGGUAAUGAAACAAAAAGAUGUCCAAAGCUUUCUCUAAACAAUUGUGACUGAGAUUAGGGUACCGUAGGAUAAAUUUAUCCUUCUUAAAAACGAUGACUAUACUAGAAAAUAUAUUGACAGAAAAAUGAACAAAACUAAAGCAGAGUUACAGAAUGACUUGGACCUUGGCAAGCAGGUUUUUUAAGGGAGGGUCGGGGCCCGAAGGGAGGAAAGGUAAAAAAUUUGUGUCCUUGUGGAAUUUAGGCGCGUACGGUAAAAACAAAUAAUGCUUUUCUCAACCAGGGAAGAGGGGAUGAGGAGGCAGAAAAUCAUUUGUUGCUUACGAUGUCCCUCGAGAGCAUUGAUAGGGUCAAGAGAUUGUAAACAGUUUAUAACCUCUUGUAGCGUCGAUGAGAGACAACGAUCUCAACUGUAUAACAAAACAUUUUUAAUUGUAGAAUUAUGCAUAAAUCAAACUUUAUCUAUUCAUUGAAUACAAACCCAUUUGCAAAAUUGCCAAAGCGCCAUCCAUAGCCCUAAUUCGUAUUUUAAUCCUUGGAAAUAUAGCUCUUAUAAUUCUCGUCCUACUUAGCGAGCCAAUGUGAUGGUUUGGAGGCACUUGGAAUGGAGAAUGGUACAAUUACAAACGCUUCCAUUACUGCAAGUUCGUACUACCCUCAAUAUCCUCCUUGGAGCGCACGGCUGAGAGCUGGGGCCGAGAAAGGUUGGUACGCCCUGCCCAACGAUCUUUCACCUUGGAUCCAGGUGGAUCUUGGGAAGCCAAGAUGGCUGAAAGGUUUGGCGACCCAAGGAAAGAGGUUUACAGUAUUUGUGAAGACAUAUAAGGUGGCAUAUUCACUGGAAGCGGUCAGCUGGCGUAUCUACCAUGGCAAUGGGACAAGAGACAAGGUAUCGUUAUCAGGAGUAAUGGGCUCUUGUCGUUAUUCAUCAUCGCCGAUCAUAGUUCCUGAUACCUUGAAUUUGAUUUGUUAUAACAAAGUGCAGUGAGAGACGUUACUGAGAUAAGAAGAAAGGUAGAAAUUUUCCUCCUCUGUCUUAGCGACCCGUCAGCAUUUGUCGACUGCCGGGGAAAGGGGGGGUCGGAAUAAAAUUCACCUGAUCCUCCCUAAGGAUCCGCAGAAUUCCUAUGAUCCCCUUUUAGGCCUUCACUGACAGACGGUUUUUCUACUAUUCCCCUCCCCCCUCACUCCGGGUCCCUUCCUUUAUACUUCGUUGGCGACGACUGAUCACCCACCUCCGCUCCCCUUAUGAUCUCUUCAAAAAUCCAUCUAGUCCCCAACCUCCCCCAGGCGAAAAAUAAUCACUAGUCCCUGGGAGCCAUUUAUCUAAUGAACUUAUUAUUCAUAACUGCAUUUUUCCUUUCAGGUCUUCUAUGGUAACACAGAUCCCUAUACAGUGGUCACCAACAUCCUCGUCAAACCGGUUUACACUCGUUUCGUGCGGGUUUAUCCUCUUUCAUGGAACGACGCUAUAGUUCUUAAGUUAGAGUUUUACGGCUGUUUGACCACCAAGAUUCCUUCCACGUAUAAAAGUCUUGGACAACCAUCAGAGCGUCUUUGA